CGUGCUUUGUCCGACAUACGGAGAACUCCCAUUUUCCAACUCGCCGAUCUUUUCCCAUUUUCUCCAUCUGCAGGCUACAAACACUAUGUGGUGUAUCGACAAAAUGUAAAUUUCUUCAUCGCCACUCAAUUUUGUCGUCAAAAGGGAGGCCAUCUGGCUUCUAUCGAAUCGCCCGAAGAAAGUGCCCGAGUAGAAGCUGCCAUCAAAGCCGCAGUUGGCAACAAACCCACCGUGUGGUGGAUCGGCGGCAUGGAUUACGGUUUGGAGGGACGCUUCGUAUGGUAUGCGUUAAAUAAGGUGAUCGAUUACAAAAAUUGCAAUGUCGGUGAACCCAACAACUCGCGCCGUGUGGAAGACUGCUUAUCGGUGGACACUGCCAUGGGAUGCAAGCGGAACGACAUACCGUGUGGAAAUGCAGUCGAAGGUUGCAUUUGUGCAUUCAGCAGCCAACCAUGA